AUGGUUGUGCUUGCCCGAUGUCCACGCUCUGCUGAGCAGACUGCGCGGCUUCUGCUGUCGAACGCCUUUCGGUACGACACGUGGGAAUGUACCGCAGCGAAGAACGAGGUCAAGAGUCUGGGAGGUGCGUGUACUACUGUGGAACUAAAAUUUCAUGCCUCCAAAAAGCAAGGGGACCCUGUGAGCAGUGCCGAUGAAAUUAACCUAUCUCUAUUCGACCCGGCAAAAGGAAAAUUUAUUGGGGCAGGGUACAGAUGCGGAACACAGCGCCUCAGCGAACCAAUUGUUUUUCAGUCAACGCCACGCCAGCUGCUGGUGGUGGAGCUCAUAGCGCGCGACGUGCGGCCCAAUGCCCCGCCAGAGAAAAUACGCGUCACGCACUGGGCCUACACCGCCAUCGAGGGCCUCAGCAGAUUCUGCAGCUUUUCCCUUCGGCCAGGGAACGCGCAUUUGCUCUUGCUGGACAAGGGGAUGUGGCCAGCUAUGAGCCGGCUCACCGCGCCCGCGUCUGGUGAGCUGGGCUAUACGUGCGUGAUAGACAGCAGCCCUGACCUUGUGAGGCUGAUGCGGGAGCUUGUACCACCCGGCAUAUUUGUAUCCGAAGCUUUUACUAGGGCCACACCGCAUCCAGAGGCCAAGUCGUUUCGGCUUCUGGUCAAAAACGUCGAGCUCGCGGCAACCACAAAGGACUCGCAAAAUGAGUUGUCCGACCCGCAUACCGAAUGGGCAAUCGCAGCGGUGGCUCACAAUGGAUAUCAGCAGCUGGGCAAGGGUGCAGAGGUGUCUUUGAUUUCCCCACAAGGAAUACGUUCUAAAACCAUAGCCCCCGGUAUGGACAGUCAUGUGAAACGCAACAGCCCUGCGGAUUCGAUAGACAGCUAUUCUUACAGCGUGGAUUCAUCCUACCUUGAUUCUACUAAGGAUUCAAGUAUCAAAAGGCAAGGAAAUAUGUCGGAUGAAUACGCCGUGCUACACUCGGAUAUUCCUCUGGAAUUCAGUGGGCUGCCUGUUCACUCUACCACUUCCCUUGUCAUCGCAAUCCGGUACCGAAAGCCUGGGGAUCACUUCUUCAAGGUGGCAGGGUUCUGUGUCUUUCCGUUGUGUCUGAUGCCAAUGGAAAAUCGCGAUAUACGAGUGGAGAACUUGCCUGCGCUCCGUGGUCCCUUUUCCUGUGAGGACGCUCGCAUGUUAAUGAUGGAUUCAUCGACUCCAUAUGGUCGUGUGCCUAUUGCUGUCACCAUGACCAUAGAGUACCAUAACAUAGAGGUACAACCGGGGUUGCCAAAACCUCUCACAGCAGCUGCAGCGUCCUCACCAAAGUCGUCUUCUGUUGUAAGUAAUGAAGAAGGAACAAAACUUUCCGAUGAUAAGGGAAUAAGUCUAUCCAAACAAACAGAGGAUGGUCGAGUAGCACCGGUGCCCAAGGUAGGUCCCUAUAUUCUAUCCUCUUCAGAAAAGGAAGGGGGGGAGCCCUCUUCGGGAACCGUCUUGGAAGCAAUCCCAACCAACGUUCGUCAACAAAGCGUUUUGGUACCAUACAAAGGAACUGCGGCGCCACCAGUUGGAGGUGACGGCAUCUUCCAUAUGUUGUCUAGUAUAAUGGAGGAACUCCAGAAGGUACGCGAGACGCAACAUCACAUUCUUCAGCAAACAACCGGCGGUGGGCGCGGCGAAGAUCUGGCAGUGCUAUCGCCUGCCCUACUCGAACGACGAAAUCAAAGGCUCGCUGACGAUGCAAUUGACCUGAUUGAUCUGGUACCCCGGCCUGUGGCGAUUUCGUGGGCCGCUCGCCGCGCCAUCCAGGAAGGCCAGCAGCCCAUUUUACACCCGUUCAAGGGCAGCAUCCUCGAUGACAGCACGCCUGCGGUGGGCGAUCUACCGGCCUCAAUUUUUGGCAUUCGCUUUGAAGGGAUAACCCUGGACCGUGUGGUUGCAAUGCCCGCGAAUGUGUGUAUGAUGUUCUCUUUUGGUCCUCUGCCGUACCAGCAGGUAGGGGCGAUGCGCACCGUCUCGGUCGACAAGAACGACGUGACGGAAAGCUUUAAACUUUACUAUGGUGAGCGCGCGGGGUUCAUAUGGCAUGAACCGAUAGACUCACUGGGGAGUGUUUCCAUGACUAAAUUCAAACAGCGUGGGGGGGUGUUGUACGUCCACGUGUACGACGCCCUCGAGAUGUUCUACAUCGCUACGGCCAAAUUGCCGCUGGCUCACUUCGUGAGGCCUUACCGGGCUGUCGCAGGGAUCGUCCCAAUGGAUUUCACCCUGGAGCGCAACUUUUCCAUGACUGAGAAAGUCAUCCCACCGGAGAUAUUUCCACUUAUGCCCAACGCAGGCCAACUUCAUCUGAGUCUGUUCUGUGUCGGUGUGGGCAGAGGCGAUGCCGACCUGAAACUUGCCGUGACGGCCACACUCGAGGAACCGCAUGGCGGUGCACGGUUAAUUGUGGCCAAGCGUCUGCCGUGUACCGACCGCCUUAAUAACGCUUCACAGCACCACCCUAGUGAGGAAAACGCAACCGUCGCCGCACGGUCCCCGGUUGCGGAUUCAACCGCACACACCGGCGAAGCAAAAGACACCGCGAGCGGUUUGCACUGGCAGCGGGUGGGGCACUUGAAGAAGCGGCUCGCGAAGGAUGGAAUCGGAACCUUGCUCCCUGGUGUACCGGCCGCACACAUUCGCGCCACACAGGAUGAGGCAGAAAUGGAAUAUCGUCUCCGUUUCGCGGAGAAGGAACGUGACGAGGCCAAGAGUAAAGCUAUCGCCAAGGCCUUAUUGAAUCGAGUAACUGUGUCUCACAGGCUGCAGGUCGUGGCGUGGAGGUCGGAGAUCAUUCGAACGCCUUUUCAAAAUCCCCAUGCGAUCGCACUACAUUUUUUUGUGGAGGUUGUUCCUGAUGACGUUGAUGUGUGUACGCCAAUAGACACCAAAGCCUUGUCCUUUUAUUUGGGACCGAAGGAACGAACGGAGGUCCCGUUAGUUCUGCGCCUUAGCCCCAACACAUCAGGGGGUUUCGGAAAAACAACCCAGUACGGUGAUACUCGUCACAUAAUAGCAAAGGUCUAUACUGAAAAACGUGAAUUAGUGCGGUGGAUUGAUAUCUACGCUACGCUGGUCGCCCCGAUUGUGGACCGGCGCUACGAAAUAUUUGGUCCAGUUGGUAGCGAGAUCACGAAGCGCUUAUUCUCACGUGUGUUUAACUCGUCAGCGUUCCCUAUUGCGUCAAGUCAGAAAGAAUUACUGCAGCGCUUAGAACAGAUGUGUGGGUUUGUGUCCACUUCGCGGGAGGAUACACAGGCUAAAACUAAUGCCCUUGUUGAUCCCAUCACUCAAAGCUACAUCACAGCUUGGGAAGAAGUGUCCAUCACGACCACAAUUCCAAAGGAACCGAACCAGCAGCGUAUCGAGCACAUUACACUCUUUUAUGAUGCAGCUAUGACACGAGUCUACGAAACGUGGGAACUGUGUGUAUUCCCCUGCCAAUACCUCACGCCCCGUGAAAUCUAUUGGGGUCAGACGGCCGUUUUGGGAUUUCCCGCUGAGGGCAUCGAUGCGAUGUACUGUGAUGAGGGUAACGUAAAGGUGACGCAUGCGGGUUCAUCCUUUGUGCUACAUAUCACACCUCGAGAGAUGGGGAAACAGCAACUUCUCCUUCAUAUGCUCCAACAAAAUAUACUAAAGAAAUUUCUACUUACAGUACCGGUAGUCUACCCAACCCCAACCUUUACGCAGGUGAUCGAGCUCUCCCAGGAUGAUGUCAGAGCUCCAGUUUUCCGUCGACUGAAGUUUACUAAUCAUGGUGCUGCCGAUGAAGUUUUUCACGUGCAUCACAAUUACAAGUAUCAACUGCAGAUCAAUCCGCACACCUUUGGACUGGCCCCAAGUGACUCACAGUACAUCUCGCUGCAAUUCGACAUGUUAUCCCUGCCACCCGGCCAACUCGAAGGUCGGUGGCCUAUGUGGAUUUUUAUUAACGAUUCAAGAAACAAAACGGUGGAGUCCUACCAUUUGCAGGUCGUGCUGCGCGCUCACCCGGUGGCGAUCGUGGCACCGACCUCGUAG